AUGGCGUGUGAUUUAGAUGAUUUUGAGAAAAAUAUCGAAAAUUUGAGAUCUAUUGUAAGAAAAUCUUUCGCUCGUAUAUACGCUAGUUUAAAAGCUAGAGAGCUGAAGACCCUAAGGCAACUUGACGCUAUUGGUAAACAAUGCCAAGAUGACAAUGACUUAAAAAAGAACUGCAUUCAAAACAUUGAUAUUAAUUAUGACAAUGAGUCUGUGCUGUUAGAAAAUAUAAAUAAGUUUGGAGUUAUUGAUUUUGAGAAGUUUAAUUUUGAUAGCAAUAUCUUUACAUUAGAAGACUAUAUUAGUCCUAAUGAUGAUCAUAUGUAUUUAUAUAAAACUAUUGAAGAUGUUACUAAAGAGGAAGAUACUUACAAUUUAGAAGCGAUAGAAGAGGCCGCCUUGAAAGAGGUAACUUCAACAGAAAAUUGUGUAUGUUUUGUUAAUGUCCAUACCGAAGAUGUGUCAAAGAAAUUUAGAAAUUUAGAUGCUCUACCUAUACUUGUAGAAAUUGAUAAAAAUUUACAACCUAGUGUAUACAAUGAAAAUGAAUGUUCCGAAUCGCCCGAGGACAUAAAAAGUGAUUCUUCAGAUUCAGAGGUGAAAAAAAUAAAUCCGACUGAUGACUGGUUAAAUACAAUUAAGAGUCAAACAGAGAUUGAACCGACACAAGUUACAGAUGUUAUGGAGCACAGUAGUUUUGAUGAUUUUUAA